AUGAUCGCCCCAAAUGGAAACUCACAUAGCAAUAUGGAGUUACAGCAACCAGUUUAUAUGGCCGAGGAAAAUUCGGAUUUGUAUAGAGUGUUAAAUAAUGUUCCACUGGCUUCUAACAAUGAAACAACUAAAGAACAACAAAUAGUUUAUUACACUACUCCAGCAAAUAUACAACCGGUUAACUCUAAUCAACCAUACGUCUGCGUACAACAAUUACCAAAUAAUCAAAUUGUCAAUCAAUAUUCACCAACCAGCCUAUUCAUUCAUCAUCAACCUCAACAGCAACAACAAUCAUCAUUAAAUAACAACGUGGCACAUGCUUAUGCAAAACAACCCAUGUUACAUUUCAACAUGAUUCAACAACAAGCAGUUUUAUCCAUAUAUCGACCAGUCGCUAAUAUAAUGGAGAUGCCUCCUUCAUCAAUGAUUAAUCCAACAGUAGCUUCUACGCCAAUACCAGCUAGUGCCAAGAGAGGACGCAACGAUACCAGUGGUAUCUCAGAUUCGAAUAUUCAAGUUAAACCUCAAUAUCCACAGAUUACUCAAAUUUUCAACACAAACGAUACUUCUAUUAAACGCCAUCGUGGUAUGAAUGAACCGAUAGUGCAAUCAACAGAUAAUCUACAACAACCUACAUCUGCGUCAUGUCCUUUCGCUACUACGCGCUUCCCAUUCUCUCCAUUUUCGGUUAAUUUUUCGCAGGAGGUUCGAGACAAGAUUGCUAUUGAUGAUCUAACCAAGCAUGCAAGCGAACAUCUUAAUUUUGAUUUGAGAAUGGUACCUUAUAGACGUGGGCGUGCUGAAAAUAACGAGUGUCGAAUACUCAUCUUCGUUGAGAAUAGUGAAUCUUUCGUGUUCCUGUAUAACCAAGAAAACUGGCCAACAUCUUUAUCAGGUUCUAACUAUACAAUAAAAAGACCAUCGAUUCCACCACAACUCGCUCUAGUUAUACCUGCUGUAUCUCUUUAA